AUGAAUGCGUUCAUGGUUUGGGCGCAGGCAGCUAGAAGGAAGCUUGCCGAUCAGUAUCCGCAUCUUCAUAAUGCGGAACUGUCAAAGAAUCUGGGAAAGAUUUGGAGGUGA